AUGGCACCAUCAAAGUCGAGGAAGGUCGCUAUUGUCGGCAGCCGCUCUGUUGGCAAGUCCUCGCUUGCGGUCCAGUUUGUCGACGGCCACUUUGUCGAGAGCUACUACCCUACAAUCGAGAACACCUUCAGCAAGAUCAUCAAGUACAAAGGCCAGGAGUUCUCGACCGAGAUCAUCGACACCGCCGGCCAGGACGAGUACAGCAUAAUGAACAGCAAGCACUUUAUCGGUAUCCACGGUUAUAUGCUGGUCUACUCGGUUGCGUCUCUGCAGUCCUUUGAGAUGGUCCAAGUCAUUCGUGAGAAGCUUCUCAAUCACCUGGGCGUCGAGUGGGUUCCCAUCGUCAUCGUUGGCAACAAAAGCGAUCUCCGCCCCGAGCAGCGCCAGGUUACCACGGAAGAUGGCAAGAAGCUGUCUGAGAAGUACAACUGCGCCUGGACUGAGGCCAGCGCUCGCUAUAACGAGAACGUUGGCAGGGGCUUUGAUCUUCUCAUCGCACAAAUCGAAAAGGCGCAGAAUCCUAAUGAGCCUCCCGCCGGUGGCAAGUGCGUUGUGAUGUGA